AUGUGGUCAUACGACGAGGCAGAAGAUGUGUGGAAGGUUCGAUGGGAUGUGAGAGGCAGGCAAAUUACUCUGUUCGGAGGCUGGCAGCAUGUUAAUGAGAACGAGAUUGCGGACAGGCGACCGAGACUGGAGAAUGGCUGUUCGUUGGUGGUUUGGGUUGGUGAUGACCAGGGCAGCGAAGCCACAGACCAGGUACUCCAGAAUGAAAAAUAUGCGUCAAUGACGCUUGAUGAUGAUGUGACGACUCACAAGAAGGAAGAAGAAAAGCCUCAAAGCGGAGGCAAAGUCGAGCUUGGUCACGGAGUACUGACUUGUUCCAAUGCGCAACUGCUUGCUCUUUCGAUAGUCGAUAGUGGUGAGGAACUGUGCUGUGCUGUGCCCAUCAUUACAACCGUGCCUGAUAGCCAGCCGACGUCCAGUUCCAAUGUCUCCAUAAGCCGGGCUGGCAGCGCUGCAUUGGUAUUGCUCUUCGUAAUUCCUCCAGAAUGCGAUAUCGAGCUGCCUACCCCGGAAAAAGGUGGCAUUGCUUUCCAACUCUUUCCAAUGACCGGCGUGCUUGGCGAAUGGCGAACGAACCCCAGUACAUACAACUUGCAAAGAGGUAAUUUCACCAUUUCCGUGCAGGUUGAGGCCGAGGUGUCUCCAAAGCUUGAUACCGGUUCGGGAAGGAGACUUUCGCCCCCAUCAGUCUACCAACCUGAUCCUUACCAAAUAACGGGAUCAAGGCAGGGCUGGAAUAAUGAUGCUGCAAGCCGUCCAUGGGUAGCACCGUAG